CUAACGCCAGGGAAGAGGAAAAACAAAGGAACAAACCACCCCUCCUACUUUUUAGACGCCCACCACCAACAACCGCGACACACCACAGGGAGCUCUUCUCCAGUCAAAUACCAGGAACAGCGAUCUGUCUCCGUCCACACAAUUAUCAUCUGCUUGCUGCUGGAACUAGUUAAGGGAGCGAAGAAGCUACCUGGUUGCCUGGCGACCGGUGCGAGAGACCGUCGGCUGCCCCAAAAAGAAGCAAAAAUGUCAGUCCUACCGCAGGAAGUUCAUACAGCGCUGUCGCAGCUGUUACUUGGCCUCUCGUCUGCCGAUAACGGUGUUCGAGCCCAGGCUGAAGGGCAGUUGAAUAACGACUGGGUUCAGAACCGUCCAGAUGUUUUGUUGAUGGGCCUGGCAGAGCAGAUCCAGGGCUCCGAGGACACAAAUAUGAGGGAGACUGCAAUUGCGGAAAGCGAGGUGCUGAUUGUUUCUAAUCUGCAGGGCCGCUCUUUAGCAGCUGUGAUUUUCCGACGUAUGGCAGCAAAAUCGAUAAAGAAUCCUUCAACCGGUGAUCCCAGAGAACUGUUUUUCAGUUUACUUCCAGACCAGAGAGUAGCCAUUCGACAGAAGCUGCUCGAGGCUCUAAGUAACGAGACUUUUGCCCCUGUUCGAAACAAGAUCGGAGACGCAGUCGCGGAAAUCGCAUCUCAGUACUCAGAUCAAGAGGAACCAUGGCCAGAACUCCUAUCAGUGCUGUUCCAGGCCAGUCAAUCUCCUGUUAGUGGCCUCCGCGAGGCUGCAUUCCGUAUAUUUGCCGCUACUCCCACAAUUAUAGAAAAGCAGCAUGAGGAUAUGGUACAGGGGGUCUUCUUGAAGGGGUUCCAGGAUGAUCACGUCUCUGUCCGUAUCUCCGCUAUGGAGGCGUUUGCUUCAUUCUUCCGCUCAAUCAGCAAAAAGACUCAGGCCAAGUUCUUCGGCGUUGUUCCAGAAUUACUCAACAUCCUCCCACCACUGAAAGAGGGUGACCAGGGCGAGGAGUUAUCCAAGGCCUUUGUUGCCUUGAUGGAACUCGCAGAAGUCAACCCUAAGAUGUUCAAGGGUCUUUUCAACAAGCUUGUGAAGUUUAGCGUCACAGUCAUUGGGGAUGCAGAACUCUCUGAACAAGUCAGGCAAAAUGCUCUCGAACUCAUGGCUACCUUUGCCGACUAUGCACCAACCAUGUGCAAGAAAGACCCUACAUAUGCCCAGGAAAUGGUCACCCAAUGUCUAAGUCUGAUGACCGAUGUUGGUCAGGAUGAUGACGAUGCUGCUGAGUGGAGUGCAUCUGAAGAUCUUGAUUUGGAGGAGAGUGAUAAGAACCAUGUUGCCGGCGAACAAUGCAUGGACCGCCUCGCCAACAAGCUGGGAGGGCAAAUCAUCCUUCCUACCACCUUCAAUUGGGUCCCGAAAAUGAUGAACUCGGCAUCAUGGCGCGAUCGACACGCUGCUCUUAUGGCUAUUUCCGCCAUUUCAGAAGGGUGCCGUGAUCUGAUGAUUGGGGAACUCAAUCAGGUUCUCGCCCUGGUGAUCCCUUCCCUCCGAGAUCCUCACCCCAGAGUACGUUUUGCGGGAUGCAAUGCUUUGGGCCAGAUGAGCACUGAUUUUGCUGGCACUAUGCAAGAAAAAUACCACUCCAUCGUUCUUGGAAAUAUUAUUCCUGUUCUCACAUCUGAACACCCCCGUGUCCAAGCCCAUGCUGCGGCUGCAUUGGUUAACUUCUGCGAAGAGGCAGAACGCGCUAUCCUUGAGCCAUAUCUUCCAGACCUCUUGCAGAAUCUCCUCCAGCUUCUCCGAAAUCCCAAGCGAUAUGUUCAAGAACAAGCUCUCUCCACCAUUGCCACAAUUGCGGACUCCGCAGAAGCUGCCUUCGGACAGUUUUACGAUACUUUGAUGCCCCUUUUAUUCAAUGUUCUCAAGGAAGAACAAUCAAAGGAAUACCUCGUUGUUCGCGCCAAGGCUAUGGAGUGUGCAACUCUUAUUGCUUUGGCUGUUGGUAGAGAGAAGAUGGGUGCAGAUGCUAUUAACUUAGUUCAAUUGCUUGGCCACAUACAGCAAAAUAUCACCGAGCCUGAUGACCCACAAUCAUCUUACCUUCUUCACUGCUGGGGUCGUAUGUGCCGUGUAUUAGGACCUGCCUUUGUUCCCUAUCUCCCCGCAGUCAUGCCGCCUUUGCUUCAAGUUGCUGCCUCCAGUGCAGAUGUUCAGAUUUUGGAGAAUGACGAGACUCUACGAGAUGUUGAGCAAGAUCACAACUGGGAACUGCUCCCAUUCAAGGACAAGAUCAUUGGUAUCCGAACCAGCACCCUUGAAGACAAGAAUACUGCCAUUGAGUUAAUCACUAUCUACGCCCAAGUCCUCGAAGGUGCAUUUGAGCCCUAUGUUGUUAAGACAUUGGAAGAAAUUGCCAUACCCGGCUUGGCUUUCUUCUUCCACGACCCUGUUCGAGUCUCUUCUGCCAAGCUUAUUCCACGUCUUUUGAACGCUUAUAAGAAGUCCCACAAUGAGCAGUCGGUAGAAUUCCAGCAAAUGUGGUCCUCUGCCCUGUUAAAGAUCAUUGAAAUUCUCACCGCAGAGCCCUCUAUUGAUACACUCGCAGAAAUGUUCCAGUGUUUCUACGAAUCCGUGGAGGUUGCUGGGAAGAAUUGUCUCUCCCCACAGCACAUGCAAGCGUUCAUCGAAUCUUCCAAGAGUGCCCUUGAGGAUUACCAGAAACGAGUACAAAAACGUCUCGAAGAUAAGGCGGAGCUUGAUGACGGUGAAGAUGACACUUUCUCCUUCGAUUACGAGAUGGAAGAGGAUCAGAACCUUUUAAGCGAUAUGAACAAGGCUUUCCAUACCAUCUUCAAGAAUCAUGGCCCAGCCUUCCUCCCCGCAUGGGAGCAAUUGCUACCAUUUUACAACUCCUUUGUUACCAGCGAUGACCCCACGCAGCGGCAGUGGGUUCUUUGUAUCCUGGAUGAUGUCCUUGAAUUCUGUGGCGAUCAAUCCUGGAACUACAAGGACCAUAUUCUCAAACCAUUAAUUGACGGCAUGCAAGAUGAAAACCCAUCAAAUCGUCAGGCUGCUGCUUAUGGUGUCGGAGUUGCUGCUCAGAAAGGCGGAGAAGCCUGGAGCGAGUUUGCGGCCGGCAGUAUUCCCAUGCUAUUUGCCGUAACCCGUUUCGCGGAUGCUAGGUCGGAAGAACAUGUGUUUGCUACCGAGAACGGUUCCGCCAGUAUAGCUAAGAUACUGCACUUUAACUCCAGCAAGGUUCCCAACCCUCAGGAAGUCGUUGAUAGUUGGAUUGAUACACUCCCAAUUGAGAAUGAUGAGGAAGCAGCCCCAUAUGCAUAUGCUUUCCUCGCACAGCUUAUUGACCAGCGAAACCCAUCUGUUCUUUCAAAGGCUGAGAAAGUAUUCACCUCUAUUGUCCAAGCACUUGAGGCUGAGACCCUCCAGGGCAAUGUGUGUACCAAGGUUGUUGAAGCGGCUAAACAAUUGGUUGCUGCAACUGGUAUAAACGCAGACCAGAUCCUUAACAUUGUUCGACCUGAGAACCAAAUGGCGGUUCGCAGACACUUCCAAUGA